CCCCUUUUUACGUCGGCGUCGUAAAAGUUCUCUCGCCGCAAAGCGUGAGGAAGCGAUCAACCACGUGGAAGCAGCGAGUAGAGAUGGCGACCGAGAAGGAGCACGUGUGCCGGACUCCGGGGCUGAACAAGUGCCAGGUGAGCUUGGCCAUCAAGGCUCUGAUCGAGCAUCAAAACAAAAGGCCGGUGAAAUCGGAGAAGAAACAGCCGCUCUUCGAAGUGGCCAGCAGAGUCCAGCUGAUGGUGACGGUGUGGCGCAUCCCACCCAAGGACUGCGUCAUCAAGAUAGGGCUGCCGCACUCGGUGCGCUGCGACGAUGUGGAAGUGUGCCUGUUCACCAAGGACGAGCCGAAGAUGAGCCCCGAGCAGACGUGCAGCCACUACACCAAGCUGCUGCAGAAGAGCGACAUCAAAUCCGUCACUCGGGUGAUUCCCUACCAGACGCUCAAGAAGGAGUACAAGCCGUACGAGGCGAAGCUGAAGCUCCUCCGCAGCUACGACCUCUUCCUCGCAGACUCCCGCAUCCGCCGCCUGCUGCCCUCGCACCUGGGCCGACACUUCUACGCGGCCAAGAAGGCCCCCCUUUCGGUGAAUUUGCUGCACAAGAAUCUGGACCGAGAGUUGGGCAGGUUCAUCUCGGGAACAGCCCUGCAUGUCUCCAACAAGGGAAACUGCAAUACGGUGUUGGUGGGCAACACGACCAUGGAGUUGAACAAUAUCGUGGAAAACAUCAUGACUGUUGCCUCCACGAUGGCCAAAAAGUGUCCAGGGGGAUGGGGCAACGUGAAGGUCCUGCACGUGAAGACACAGGCAUCUGUGGCCCUCCCGGUGUACACGGCAAGCCUCGACGCCAUUGCCACCGUGCUCAACCGCAAGGACCUCUUCAAGUCUACCGCUGACGAGGAGAAGCCGAACGGGGAAAAGAAGAAGAAGAAGAAGAAAAAGCGCGAGGAGCUCGCGUCUCCCGGUGAUGGUUCACCGGCCAAGAAGGCCAAACUGCAGGCCGAGGGAGAGCUCCCCACGACGGACGCUUCCGAUGACACUGCGGGCGUCAAGGCUUCAACAAAGUCGUCGGCCAAGAAGAAGAAACGAGAUGAGGCCAAGGAGUCUAGCGUUUGCGUAGAGGAGGAGGAGGAGGAGGUUUCAGCUGUGGAGGAAGAUGAGGUGGCGGUGGCGGCGGCAAAGACCCCCGAGAAGACUCCGUCUAAGAAGGCGAAACGCAACCGCAGGAAGACUAAAAAUUGUACUCCUACUCCGGCGGGGCCAGCUGCUCAGGUGAAAGAAGAUGACGCAGAGGUGAAGAUGGACGUGGAAGAAGAAGCGGCCGUUGUCAGCUUCUUGUCGGAGAUUCGGAAGAACACUCCGCUCAAGACUCCCACCAAGAAGAAGACACAGAAGGAAGAGCAGACCCCAUCUUCCGGGCAAGGCGCCAGUGGUGCGAAGAGGGAGAAAGAGGAAAAGAAAGUCCCUGCCAUCGUGGUGGAAGGAUGCGCGUUUCCUGCCGCACCACUCUGUGGCCUUCCUGAGAAGGUUUUGGUGAAGACACCGAAACGAAAAGGCGUCAAGACUCCCCAAAAGUCAACUGCUGACACGAAACAGGAGGCAGAGAAAGAGGACGUUGUGACAGCUUGCGAUGUCCCUGCAUCUCCUGUAAUUAGCGUCUUAUCCGAAACGCCCGGGAAGUCCACCGUGAAGACACCGGCUAAAACGCCAAAACAGAAGAGAGCGAAGACCCCUUCAAAGCCGGCGUCUGAUGACGACGUUAAAAAUGAAGAGAAGAUUCCAGAAUCAAUCGACGCUGAUGCAAUUCCCGUCAUGGCCCCCUUGUCUGAAACGCCGGCGACCAAGCCUGUGAAGACUCCAGCUAAAACGCCCAAACGAAAACAACCAAAUACCCCCUCAAUGCCCACUGGUGCCAAAGGGAGCAAUGGUUUCGAGGAGGAGGUUUCUGCAGCUCGUGCGGACCACGGUGAGUUUCCACUUGUCAUCGAGUUGUCUGACACCGAAGAAGCUACGUCCACAAAGACACCGAAUAAAACGCCGAAACAAAAGAGACCAAAGACCCCUUCCAAGCCGGAUGCUGCGAGAGAUGACGACAAGAAGAAAGUUGUUGAUGCGGACCUUUGUCAAGCUCGAAUUAUAAUCGAGUUGUCCGACACUGAAGAAACGGCAUCGAAGACACGGGCUGAAACGGCAAAAGUCAGCCGUGCCAAGACCCCCGCAAAGCGAUCCGUUGCCGCGCUACCCGCUGCUCUUUCCUCGUCGACGGAAAUUAAGGUGGGAGAGGAGAGCGUGAGCAUGGCGCCCCACACGGGUCAGGCAGUGGAGUCUGGGAACGGCAGGGAGGAGGGCCGGAAUGCUGGGGGUAGCGGCCCCGCACAGGAGGAGGACGAUGUCGUGAUGGAACUCCCGGCUCGCACGCCGCGCCGGAAGGCGGCUCUCGCCGCUAACGAGGCCAUCAUCGUCCUGAACGAGAAGAAACGGGGCGGGGGAAGGAGGACGAGGGCCAGCGACGCGUCGGCAUCCGAGACGGGGAGCGAGUGCGGCAGCGACGUGGGCUCCGGCCUGGAGGAUUGCGUGGCCGUGGGGGAAUGGGCGGCUCGACGCGGGGAGGGUGGCCGGCGCAGGCGAUAGUGCCGAGCGAGCAGCCCUGGAGUUAGGGGGCGUGGAUCCUUGCCACGGCCCGGGUCGGCAAGAGUCAGCCAGCAGUGGUUCAGGAGGCACCAGGUUGUUGUUUUUUAUUAAGUGUACCAAGGCUCAUGUAGAUGACGGCUGUGUUUGAGUUGUUAUCGACUGAUGUAGUAAAAAGUGUCAUUAACCGGUCCCCCUGGCCCUGCUUGGCCCUAAGCCAGAUGCACAUGUGAGGCCAACAUAGCGUGGUUUGGUUCUGGCUCGACGUGGCAAAUAGCCAGUGGAAAACUACCCGUACAGUAAGGGCCCCCCGUGCUGGACUGGCUCGGAUCUGCCAGUGCGAAGUUGUUGGUAUUGGGUGUCUCCGUAAACCAAUUCUCGCACUUGGCUGUAAAUGGUUAGAAACUCGUCAGACAGAAAAGUGAGUGAAGGCUAGAAACACAUCCGAGUAAAAAUUGUACAUGCAAAAAGUAAUUGCUGGACUGCAAAAUGCACAAUCGUGACCAUAGGUUCAUCGAAUCGGUCCUCCCAGCAUGCCUUUCAUGCGAUUUGGCAUCACCAUACCCUUUGUCUAAUGGUUUCGACCACCAAGGUUGUGGCCAUAAACCAUAUAAAAUGGUUACCUUGUCGAAUCUUGGACUAAAACAAGUCCAUGUGAAUUAUACACAUGGAAUCCAUUUGGAACUCUCUUGGUUGUCCAUUACCCCUUGUCAGAAUUCCCUUCAUAAGUGACACAUUUCCUCCACACGCGAGGGAGCACUGCAUAUUUAACCAAAUAAAAAAACAUCCGAAUAUUUUUUUUCCAUGCAGUCAUUGCCGACCACAAUCGGACCAUAAACCCGCUUAACUUCACAACCUACUUUAAUCCCAAGCCUGCUGAACCCUGGAUUCGAAUUUGGCUGUGGAAGCUCAGUGCUUGAACCCCCUGAGCCAUCUGACCAUAUCUUUGUUAUUGUAUCUACUGCUAACAUGUAGUUCAUCUCUAAGUUAAGAUGUAGUGUCUCCCUGCUCAAAUCAACAUUUGGAUAUUGCCUUUCAGGGCCUUGAGCUAUUCGUGGAAAUUCCAUGUUUACAUGGGCAGAGCUACAUUUAUAAUCCCUGCUGUGUUAACCGCAAGUGUUUAAUAUACCAUCUUAAUAUUUGCAGAUGCCAAGCGUUGAAGUUAAGGUUUUGGAUCUGAGUAAUGUUACCCUGAAAAUUCGACACCUUGUUAACCAAAUGUAUUUUAAAGGGGUGAAAAUGCAAUUUCACUUUCAAAUCACGAGGAACGUCAAUAGAUUAUAUCCAGCCUUUAAUGUUAAUGUAUGGUGGUUCCAGAAACUUGGUCUUACAAUUAAAAAACAAGAAGGGGAAAAAAACCCUGCAAUUUUCGGUGAAGGUAAAUUAAAACGCGGUGGUGUAGUUUAAUUCAGAUCCUUUAAAUUGAGAAAAAAAUAAAGGAACAAUGACUUCAGGCUGGAAACAGAUUUAGCAAGCAAGUGUGCAGUUUUGCAUGUACCAACCCUCGGCCUUAUCCACACCACUAGCUCAAAGGCAAUGAAUGUGUUGCCAUUUUGUUCAUACUACCAACUCAAGGAGUUGAGAAAAUGUGGCAAUCCCUACAAGCAGCAGUGAAACAGGCAACUAGACGAGUUUAAUCCUCAGGACUCCUCAGGAGUCAUUGGUGUUCGCUGAUGCCACUAGUUGAGCCGUGCACAACUGAACAGCCCUUCAGAGCCCCGAGGAUCACAUUGACCUGCCCUUAACCAUCCAGCAUGCAUCUUUUUUUCAGUCGUGCGAAACUCAAUUUGUGCAGUAAAACAUCUGCAUAUUCGCAUUCAUUCAAUUCAAAUGCAACGUGUAAUUAGUCUUUUUUUUAAAGUGUAAAAUGCCCCGUACGUGUGUCGCUUGUCGGGAGUGCUAGUUGCAUGCCAGCUAUCUAACGCUUUAGAAGUGAUGAGGUUUGUGUAGCACGCAGAGAUCCCUGGCGGGACUACGAGUUUCCAUAAAGCCGUACAGCAAGUAGGCUAGAGGCCUACCAACCUGUACAUUUUCUUAAGCGUUUUAUUCUUGAGUACGUGGGUUUAUUUCUGAGCGUUUCGAUUUCCGCCCACUGCAUAUGCAUCGAUACCUUGAGGAAAACAGCAAAACAGGACACUCGAGACCCAUUAAGGUGUCCUUGAGGAUAUUACUGUUUUCAGAAAAAGAUCAUAGUUUUGUAUUGCUUAUGUAAACUUUUGAUUUGUAAAUCAUUACGAACAAGAACUAAUAAAACUCACAUUGGUAUUA